UUACUGUCAAACAUAAAUCGGAAUCAUGAUUAUUAUGACAAGAAGUGGGCAGAUUGCAGAAAAGUAAUUUGCAAAACAUUUGUUUCCUAUAGUGUCAAUUGAUUUACCUUGAUUCAAGUUUAUCAAAAGUAUUCUUACACUAUUGCAAGAUUUUCCAAUGCUAUACUCGUCAAAAUGGGCUGCCUAACAUGGAUCCGAGGUUUUAAAUUAACAUCAUUUCCAUUUCUUCAAGAUAGCGAACUCAACAAGAUAGCUGCAUUCUUCAAUGCAUUCACAUUCUUCUUGACAUGUGCUGCUUUAGCCCAGCCGAGUUGGUUCAGAAUUAAAGGACUGCAUUGCACUCAGAGUCUCUCACUCACUCAAUUCUUCACAUUUGAUGAUGACGAUGAUGAUGAUGAUCAAAUUAUAAUUCAGAACAAGGAACUGGAUCCUUUGAGUAGAUCUGAUUUUAUCGGUCUACAGCCGUGUAUAACAACUGAAAUUAUAACUCUCAUGAGAAUCCUUAUACUUUUAUGUUUUAUGGUAUUACUGAGCUCGUGCAUUGGAGUGCUUAUAAAUCUGAUCAAUCAUAAUAGUAAAGCUCUUAAAAUGCUACGAAGGAAUGCUGUACCGAGCAUAAUGUGUGUAUUUUGGGUAAUAGCUAUAGUAGGUGUUUGCUACUAUACUACAGUUGUUUUGGGUAAUGCAAACAACAGCGACCCAAAUACCAUUCAAGUUGAUUAUGAAUAUGGAUUUUACACAAUAACUGGAGCAGGUGCCUUGGCUUUAGUGGCAUCUGCAGCCAAUCUAUGGGGUGCUCCGCUUUCAAAUGACGAGGAUGUUCAAAGAAGGAAUCUAAUGGAUGACUGGGAUGGUUAUGAAGCGCAUAGUGUUGGCCCCACACCACCGGUGCCCGCAUUACCACCAUAUACACCAAGUCCAAUUUAUGUACCGACAGUACAUUCAGCUUUCCCAACACCAGUUCUUGGUAGUCAACAGUAUUUCCCAUUUGAUGACCUAUCAGUUUUACCCCCUCCACCCCCAUACACACCAUAGACCAGAGACCGAAAUUUAUUUGACUCGAAUACUAUUUAGUCUUUCAAAUGUUUUCUCAUUUAGUUAUACAACUUUGAAAUUUUCUUUGUCUUGUGACUGAAGGCUACGCGUCCACUUCUUACUUGUUGGCGGUUUGAUUAAUAUUUUUUGGCAUAUAUUUAUAAUACAUGCUAUAAUAUAUUGAUGUCACAGCUUUAUGUAUAAAAAAUAAUAGCUCGUAGUUUAUAUUAUGGCAUAUCUUCCAGCCCUUUGUUAAUAAGUAUUAUUAGAAUCUCAAACCAAUACCGAAAGCCAAUUGUGUUGUCCAAACAUAUCUACUAUUGAAAUUAAUAAUGAAGAUAAAAAUAUUUGAAUGUACAUUUUAUCUAUAUUUUUCAUUUGGUUUUUUUUUUGUAUAUAUGGUUGUGAGUUAUAAAAUAGUUCACUAUGUGAUGUGAUUUGCCAUUUUUGUGCCUAUUUGAACAUAUUCUUCAAGUGCUUUAAUACAGCCGGAGAAAUUAUAUAUUAAAAAUAAAUGAAAUGUAUGUAUAAAAUAAAUCAUUCUAAAUUGUUUUUCAGAAAAUGUUCAUGUAUUAUUAUUGCUAUUCAUUUCUUGUUAUAAAUUAGUGUUAUUAAAACUUUUCCUUAAAAAGCCUUAUAGGAUUAAUGUUUUUUAGAAUAG